GGCCUGGAUUGGACGUAAAAUACGUAAGCAAACAUGGCGGUGUAAAGAAGAGCGUCGGGGUUUCAAAGCCAUGUGAAAUUAGUCAGACCGAGGUCAAAACGUUGAGUAUUUGCAGUUUGGACCGAGGUUGUCACUCGUUCGGAAAUGGCAGGCGUACAACCCAAACAAGAAAAGGCGCAGAAAACACCAAUGAAGAAGAAAGCUCCACAAUCGUUAAAAAAGGCGAAGAGAAACUACUGCAUUUUAUGUCGCAAGUUCUAUUUAAAAAAUGAUGCACAUGAUCAUAUGCACAGCAUGCAGCAUCACAAUGAGCUGGAGACGGUGUUGGGAAAAGAUGCCUUUCAUGAUUGCCAGGCAUGUAAGAUAAAGUCCCUGGGUUUGAAUGAGUACAGCAAUCACAUCCUAACAGCUCAGCACCAAAUAAGGUUUAAGAACCUGAAGACCAAAAACAUUAAGCCUGUUUCUCUGUUCAAGACUCUGAGCUCAAGUACUAUAAACAGCAUCCUGGAGAGAAACAAGACCCUCAAGAAAGAGGAGAGGAAAGCAAUGAAGAAGGCUAAAAAGAAACGAAAGCAGAAAGCUGGACAAAGGCGCGCAAAGACGCAGCAGUCUGGCAUCCAAAAUAGGAAUAUGGAUUUUAAAACAGAGAUGCUGGAAAAAUCCAGACAGAUGCAAAGGAGACCUCCAAAUCAGUGGGAGCAAACACACUUCCCAGGAAGCAACUAUGGCGUCAUUCAAAAUAAGGAGAACAAAAUUUUCCACAAGCAAAUUCCUCCUCCAUACAGAAUAUUUCCUAAUCAGAACUAUAGACCCCCCUAUCACCCAGGAGUGCCUGAGGGUCAACCUAAUAAUUACCAUUAUGGUUGGCAGCCGUACCACCAGUCUUAUAAUGGGUACUAUGACAGUAACCAGUGCCACCAAUUAAAAGGUCACAGGUUUCAAACUUCUCCAAAUAACUACCAUAAGGCUCCUGCUGACACGUCCAAACAAAUGAUGCCUACAGUCAGCCAGAGCAGCUCCAGCCGGCAGAAUCCUGCAGUAGACUGUUCCUUCACCAGCGAUAAGCUCCCUGAGAAUGGAGCCAUCGUGUUUGAUCACAACCAAGCUGAGAGAGUGAAAUCAGCUCAGCCAAAAGACGGAAAAAGCAACUUGGUUCGGCCAGAAAGUUCAAACGAUUUGGCUCUAGAGAAUUCCGAAAACAAAUCUGGCAGCCCAGCUCCUGUAAGGGACAUUGACAUUACUGCCAUGCUGAAGCAAAUCAGAAGAGCGCUGGGUGUCAGGGAGCCGUGCAGGGCGGCUCGAGAAGCCCGACGGCAGAAUGGGAAUGUCCAGGCUGUGGAUUGUAGCGAUGUGGAGCAGCCGGCAGGACCUCCAGCUGAGGUCAGCACCCGUGCUCCACCUGCUGACAGCUGUGUUUCUCCUUCAACUGGCCCUCCUCUUAAGCAGAAACGGACACAUUUCAAAGAGACACAAGAAACCAACGAAACGAAGAGUCCACAAUUAAAAGAGGGCCCAGUGAACGACAAUGAAGCAAAGUCUCAGGAGGUCAGCAAUGCUUUGACCUCUGUCAGCCGAUUCAGAGCCAAAAUGACGCCCGCUGAGCCCAAUAUGAGCAUACCUUGUAAAGUCCAGGUUGCUCACAAAUCCUGUACGGCUAAGGCAGAGAAAGAGACUGUAUGUAAACCUGUCCUGGACAAGUUGCUUCACUUAUCAGGAGCCAGAAGCAAGUUGAGCUGGAUCGAGAUGUACAACAGCAUGAAAAGGAAUACUUUAAAAGGAAGGCCCCGGUUUGGAAUCGAGUUGGGAAAGCAGCCGACGGACAAUGAAAGCCCUCUGCAGGGCGCUGACAUGCCUCUGUCUGAGGGUUUUCAUUGGGAAUCGUUUCCGGACAGCCCCUCAGUCCCACCUCCUGCUUCUCCACAUGCCAGUCGUCUCAGUGAAACCUGGUCAGAUUCCCAGACGUGGGACUCUUCAGAUCAGCCCGACGUGCCACAGGCAAGCGGCAGCAGCAAGACAGCAGAAAAAGUUUAUGUGAAAAUGGAACCAAAUUUGGAAGAUGAGGCCGAAGAUGUGAGCAACAGAAGCAAUGCUAAGAAGAGGGUGCUCUCUACAGUGGAAGAGGAUGGCCUUUCUGAUGGAUCUAGCUGUAAAAAGAAGAAAACAAAAUCAAAAAAGGAUAAUUCAGACCAGAGUCAGAUGGACCAGCUGCUGGCUGUCUCGCUCAGGGAGGACGAGCUGAGCCACUCGCUGCAGAAUCUGGACAAGUCCCUGAUUCAGGCUCGCAAUGCUCUGCAAGCCGCAUACGCAGAGGUCCAAAGUCUGUUGCUUCUGAAAGAGCAGUUUACAGGUGAGGUCAACAGCCUGAGAGCAAAGCGCAUUGAGAUCCUGCAGGGAAUGCAAGGAUACUCUGGAGCUAGUCCAGCCGAGAGCCCCACCACCUUCUCACCUGGUGCUGCGUCCACCAUCUCAACAACUUCCUUUGCUACCUCACUGAGCCAGCAACAUCCAGCAGGAACCCCGGCUUCUUUCAUCCCUCUGCCUCAUCCAGCUCCCCUUGGUUUGCCGGCUGUGUCGUUGAAGCAAGAAAUUACUCAUUCAGUUGCAGCUGGACAGGCGAGUCAGCAGUUCUUACCCUCUGCUGUUCAACCCACAGUUGAGGGCUCCAAUUCAGCACAUGCACUUCUUCCUGAAUCAUCUGCCAGGCAGCGAGAGCAGGGGAUGAGGGACAGAUCGAAGUGUGUAAAGACAGAGGUCCUGGAAAUGGAAAUACAUCCAUCUGAUUUUGUCGAAGGGACUGAACAAGAUACGGGAAAUGAGCCUGCAGGUGACAAGUUGGCUGGAAAAAGGCAGAAGAAAGCAUCUCAUGUAGACGAGGGCAACGAGAGCGACAGCUCAGUGGAGGUGGUCAAUUGCUCCAACAUGGAUGUCAUAGAUAUUGAAGAGUCGGAAUGGGAGGAAUCUGCGGAGACGGAUGCUCCAGCGCAUCCUCAGAUGUCUGUGAAUGUGGAGUUCAGUUAUGCAAGCACGCAAACGUCUCAGCAAUGGCAAACAGAGAGGAAAUUUCAGCCUGCAGUUAAUCCGACAAAAGAUGCCAAUCACCCUGCAGAGUCUGUGGAGGAAGAUGAGCCAUCUUUAGGAGCCUUUUCGAAUCAUGCCGGUCCCGUCCACGGCCUUCAAAUCCACGACGGACGGUUAUACACGUGCUCUGGAGACAAUACGGCCCGGGCCUACAGUCUGGUGACCAGAGAGUGCGAAGCAGUUUUUGAGGGUCACACGAACAAGGUUAACUGUCUGCUGGUGUCGUCCCCUCCGAACAUGCCAACACGCCUCUACACUGGAUCCAGUGACCACACUAUCCGCUGUUACAGCAUAAAGUCUAAGAAGUGCCUUGAGCAGAUCUCUCUACCAGACAGAGUUCUGUGUUUGCACAUAGCCUGGAAUAUCCUGUAUGUUGGGCUCGCCAGCGGAUCCGUCAUCAGCCAUGACCUGAAGACUUUGAAGGAGCUGGACGUGUUCGAGUGCCAUGGCCCGCGAGGCGUGAGCUGUCUUGGCACGGCUCAGGAGGGCGCCCGGCGCCUGCUGCUAGUCGGAUCGUACGACAGCACCAUUAGCGUGCGCGACGCUAAAAGCGGCCUGCUGCUGCGGACACUGGAAGGUCACACCAAGACUGUGCUCUGUAUGAAGGUGGUGAAUGAUCUGGUUUUUAGUGGCUCCAGUGACACAUCUGUUCAUGCCCACAACAUCCAUACGGGGGAGUUGGUUCGGAUCUAUAAGGGUCACGGUCAUGCUGUCACAUCGAUCGUCAUUCUCGGGAAAGUGAUGGUGACGGCUUGUCUGGAUAAACUGGUUCGGGUUUAUGAGCUGCAGUCCCAUGAUCGUCUGCAGGUCUACGGGGGUCACAGUGACAUGGUGAUGUGCAUGGCUGUGCACAAGAGUGUGAUCUACACAGGCUGCUACGACGGCAGCGUUCAAGCUGUAAAGCUGAACCUGAUGAAAAACUACCGCUGCUGGUGGCAGAGUUGCUUCCUGAUCUUUGGCAUUCCAGAGCAUCUCUCUCAGCACCUCGUUGGAGACCACAGCAACCCAAAUCUGCAGACGGUCAAAUGUCGCUGGAAGGAGUGCAACCGUUUUUUCAGCACACAGCAGUCAGUCAGACAGGAGCUGCCCGAACACAUGCAGAGCCACGUUGAUGGUGACAUCGGGCUUCAGCCUUGACAGGAGAGGAGUUGAAGCUCUGCAGAAGAUGAUGUUGAUAAGCUCAGGCUUUUGCUUUCCAGAUUUUUCGCUUUUCUUUGUAGAGACACAGCUCCUAUUGAUACCCCAGAACAGAUUUAGGGUUUAAAUGAUCACAUCCGGCUUUUUCCUGGGGAAAAUCUGCGGCAUCAGACAUUAAGAGCAACCUCGUCUUUUCCCAGUUUUCACAGGAUUCCCUGUUUCAGCUUCUUUUUCAUCAUCAUGGUGGAAAGUAUUUAUAACCCUUCUUUUUCCAAAUACUUGUUUGUUAACAUCUAAUAAACAGCCAGAUGUCAUUACUUCAUACAUGAAACAGACACUUUCACUUCAUUUCCACAUUCAACUGUGGGAUAAUUACACCAGAUGCUGUUUUAGCUACAAACAUAAAUGUAAUAACUUUAUUAAACCAGCAGAUAUAGUCAUGAACCAAACAUCAACCGACUGGUCACUAAUCCUGAGCCGUUUUUGAGGACUAAUUACAUGAUUCUGCAUCUCAGCCUUUUAAAAUGGGUGUUUUCAUCAACAGUGACUGAAAAAAGCCAACAAUGCAACUCAGAUAGAAGCUGCCCAGAGUUGUGGAGAAACUCUUCUGUAUUGAUAAUAAUGAAAUGAAUAAAUAAUGUGCUGAAAUGCACCUUUUUUAGGAAACAUGAUUGUAAUCCAGCUUUCAUGUCCACUACAUAGAUUUUUUUUUUGUAGCUGAGCAUUUACUAAUUUAUAGCAACAACAUCUUUAUAUUUCUGCAUUUUCCCACAUACCUUUUCUGAGGGAAUCAAGAGCAACUUUUAUAGACGCUGAAGGAGUCUUGUCACAGUCUUUGUAUUAUAUUCCCCACAGUAUGUAUUUAUUUUAAUCCUUACUGUAUGUUUACAUCAAUAAAAAUUCAAACUUUC